GGGGGAGGUAAACAAGAUGGCGGCAGCCUGACAGCAGCUGCAAUAGCAAACCCUCUUGCUGACACAGGACAGGGAAGCCGAACAGAUAUCCAGGAGCAGAAUUCAAUGAUUUAUUGAAGCUGGAAAAGGAAAAAUCAGAAUUGGUGAAUUCUGGUUUUCUCACUGGCAUGAAGUAGAGUGGAGAGGAAAUGGAAUUUUCUCUUUAUAGAAGUUUUUUGUUUGUUAAACAGUACCAAAGAUGAAACACUGAUGCAAUGAAAGCCAAAUUUUGAAUCUGUGAGGGGAAGGCCCCAUAGAAUCAGGUCAGCAAUGAUAGACUACUUAAAUAAGGCAAUGACCUGGUGUAAAUAAAACAAAUAUUAUAUGAAGAUAUGCUUAGAAUAUUUUAACCAAAAAAUCAAACCAACAAAAGGUCAUCAUACAGUGUUGUGUCUUUCAAAAUUUCAUGAGGAAAUGGCAAGGAUGGGAAGAUUUGAAUAUAGGCCUUAUCUGAACACUUUUUUGGAAACUAAUUGAGCUUUUUGAUUAACUUUUCCAAGAGGCUUUGUGGCUUUUGACCUGCAUGCAGCUAUAUUUUGGAUGCCAUCUCCCCCCCACCCCCCUCCCCCUCACACAAACAUAUGUCACAAACCAAACUCAGAGGCUCCAGAAAUAUUACCUGGCAUCUGGAAGUGUUGGUAACACUAUAGACUAGUUUAGUUUAAACUUUUUUAAGUUCUGCAGUAAAACCAACCAUCCACAACAAACGGACCUAGGUAUAAAGAGACAUCCAUCUGUGUCUGUGUUUGGUCUCUGAGCCUGGGAGCAGCUUGGACACAGACAUUAGAGAGACGUUAGUGGGCCGCAGAAGCAAAGAUGAGUGUGGGUGAGCUCCAGCAUUUGGACUACCUUGGCGAAAAUGAACUCAUGGGCAUGGACACCUUCAUCCAUCGCAUUGACUCCACUGAAGUCAUUUACCAGCCGCGCCGUAAGAGAGCCAAGCUGAUCGGGAAGUACCUCAUGGGGGACCUGUUGGGUGAGGGAUCCUAUGGCAAGGUCAAGGAGAUGCUAGACUCAGAGACCCUCUGCAGGAGGGCUGUCAAGAUCCUUAAAAAGAAGAAGCUAAGAAGGAUCCCAAAUGGUGAAGCCAAUGUCAAAAAAGAAAUCCAGCUGCUACGGAGACUACGACACAAAAAUGUGAUUCAGUUGGUGGACGUGUUGUAUAAUGAAGAGAAGCAGAAAAUGUAUAUGGUGAUGGAGUAUUGUGUAUGUGGGAUGCAGGAGAUGUUGGACAGUGUCCCAGAGAAAAGGUUUCCAAUGUUUCAAGCUCAUGGGUACUUUUGCCAGCUCUUAGAUGGCCUAGAAUAUUUGCACAGUCAAGGAAUAGUGCACAAAGACAUUAAACCAGGAAAUUUGCUGCUGACGACGGAUGGUGCACUGAAAAUCUCUGAUCUCGGUGUAGCGGAGGCAUUGCACCCUUUUGCGGAGGACGACACGUGUAGGACGAGUCAGGGCUCUCCGGCGUUCCAACCACCUGAGAUUGCCAAUGGCCUUGACACCUUUUCAGGGUUCAAAGUGGACAUCUGGUCUGCAGGUGUCACACUAUACAACAUUACGACAAGCUUGUAUCCAUUUGAAGGGGACAACAUCUAUAAGCUAUUUGAGAACAUUGGAAAAGGAGACUAUAGUAUCCCAGAAGACUGUGGUCCCCUCCUGUCAGACCUGCUGAGAGGAAUGCUUGAAUACGACCCUGCAAAGAGGUUCUCAAUACAACACAUAAGACAACACAACUGGGUGCGCAAGAAACACCCCCCCUCUGAACCACCUGUACCCAUCCCGCCCAGCCCGGACACCAGAGACCAGUGGCGCAGCAUGACGGUGAUGCCUUACCUGGAGGACCUGCACGGGUACACAGAGGAUGACGACGAUGAGCUCUUUGACGGCGAGGAUGACAUCAUCUACACUCAGGACUUUACAGUGCCAGGGCAGGUACCCGAAGAUGAGGAGGAGCAGAACGGGCAGAACCAGAGCAGGGGCGUGCCCAAGCCUGUGUGUCUGAACGGCACAGAGGCGGGCCAGCUCAAGUCCAAGUCAGAGCGCAGGUCCAGCUCCUCCUCCAACCCCUCCCGGAAAGGUGUCUCCACCACCAGCAAGAUACGCAAACUCUCCACCUGCAAGCAGCAGUGACCCUGCCCUCGCCCCCUAGCGCAGCUGACACACUGUAUUGGUUCCUCAUUUUAUUUUCCUUCUCUUUGAUUUUGGGAUAUCCUAAGAGAGAACGGAGAGAAGAGAGACCUUUUUUAUUUUUUAAAAAAAUCCCUAAUUUAAUGGACUCGUCAAAAAAGAAUGCAAUACCAGGAAGUGCACUACAGAGUGGAUUUUUUUUUUUUGUUUUUUUUUUUUGAGAGGUGAUGAGAAGAGGACAGAGGAUGAGAGGAUAAGGAGAAACAGAAGAGGCUGUGUCCUGCUCAGCAACGUUGCUAACUGAAGCCAAUGUUCAGUCUUUCAUUUAUCUCCCUGGGACUCCUACAAAGCUCUCGUACUGUAUGGCUAUGAGACCUUUAAGUUUUGUUUUUAGAAUACUUUUUAUUUUCCUGUUACUCAUUACAGUAAGAAAAACACACAUUACGAUGUGUCAAAGAAUGAUAUUGCUAAUUGUAAUUACAAUAUUAAUAAUGAUGAGGAUAAUGGUAAUUAUUAUGAUAAGAAGUCCAAUUAAAACUGCAUGCUGUACGGGCUAGGUGAAAGGGAAUUUUAGAGUACAGUUGGACUUAACCCUUUCCAUCCAGGGAUGUUUGGGUUUGGUUUUGUUUUCUGUUGGGUUU